AUGCAAACCGUUGUCGAAUACCUCCUUGGCUCAGUGCCACAACCGCUGUCGCUCCAUCCGAAGGCCAUUGUCCUCGGAACAACUGCCAUAUAUUUUCUGCUUCAGAGGACGCUUCGAUUCUUGCGUGUUAAACGUAUGAUGAAAAGUUAUCCGUACAGGAGUAUAGAAAGUCUUGCCAAUAUGACAAAUGACCAUGCGUACGAAAUCCAACGGGAUAUCUUUCAGCUCGAAUUUCCAUACACAGCGGCAAAGGCGCUGGGGUACGCUCUAUUCAGGUAUGAGGGCAUUUUGUUGCUUAUUUCCCUGUCGCAACUGAUUCCUCUUGCAAUGAUUCUCAUCUCGUUUUCAGAACAUACGGUAUCCCGAGCAUCAGUAACUCAUGAAGCGAUCGGCAGAUACUGGUGUUCUCAUACUCGAAUUCCUGACCUCACCACCAAGUUCGGAACGGGCAAACGCUGCAAUUGCGAGGAUGAAUUGGCAACACAGAAAGCCGGAAAAAUCAGCAACGAUGACCUGCUCUAUACACUGUCUUUGUUUGCGCUAGAGCCGGGUAAAUGGAUCCAACGUUAUGAGUGGCGGUCACUUAAUGAGAUGGAACAAUGCGCUUUUGGCGUGUUCUGGAAAUCCAUCGGCGACGCCAUGGAAAUAUCGUAUGACGAUCUUCCUUCCGCAAGAACAGGCUGGAAGAAUGGCAUUCACUGGCUCCACGAGGUUGAAGUCUGGGCCGAAGCUUAUGAGAAAAUCAAUAUGGUGCCGGAUCUUAUGAGUCACAAGACAGCGAACGAGACAACAGCGCUAUUCGUUUAUGGCCUGCCAACCUUCUUGCAAAACGCAGGGAAGCAGUUCGUCACGGCCAUGAUGGACGAUCGAUUGAGGGAGGCGAUUAUGUGA